AUGGCAGAUAAACGGCGAGUUGACAGCCUUGCUGUCGAUUUUCUCCUUUUCGCUGGUCUUCUAGCUACCGGUGCCUACGUCAUACGCCAGGUAAUAUCGAACGUCAUCGCCGACCCCGAACGCGAGAAGCAUGAACAGGCAAGCCUUCGGGCGAAGGCUCACCUUGAACGCCUCCAACGUGAGAAUGACCGCAAGAGAUCAGCAGACAACGGCUCAGAGGAUGCUUCUCAGCGAGGACCGAGAGUGGAAGAUCUAGCGCUCAACCAGUACGAAAAUAUUGUUGCGAUGGACAUGGUAGCGUCUCAGGAUAUUCACGUUGGCUUCAAUGGUGAGAGCGUAGCCUAUCGCCGACUGGAACAAAAACUUGCUGCUAACAUUUGGGAUAAGACAUCGACGAAUGCCCAAAAAUUCGCGGUUGCCCUUCCCGGUGCGGAGCAGAGGCGCCGUAUCCUGCAACUUGUCCUAUCCGAUACUAAAACAGACCCUGAAGAGUUUAAUCUGGAUUACAUCGUCAAAGUUACCGCUGGCAUGUCUGGCAGCGAUCUUAGGAGGCAUGCCGCGAUGCAGCAAUGGCGCCAGUAA